AUGCGCGGUACGUGCCCGCGAAACAAGAAGGUGGCCCAGCUGCCACAGCAAGUUAACGGCAACACAGCCGAGCAGACAGGCAGGGGGAGCUAUUCCACUGCGCUGACCGGUGAAACACAACGCGGAAACGCGCUAGCAGAGCCGGCGGCGGCGCAGGUAGCCCCGGAGCCGCAACCGGCCCUGGUGGAGACCCCCGCCGCACCGCCCGCUAUUGUUCCUGCCGCGGCCAGCCCGGGCACCGCGAGGGAGAAGCGACAGCAUUCCGACGACGACCACACAAUGAAAGCCGAACCGGACAGCCAGGUGACGUCUGCUAAGAAGCAGGUCACUGAACGCAGCGCGCCCGCCCCGCCGACAGCUGUGGCUGCCGGCGCCGGGCCCAGCGCGGCAACGCCCCCCACAUACAGCGAGAUGCGCGAGGAAAGCAUCAAGAAAAACGUUAACAGACUGGCACGGAUUCUCAAAGAAUCCGAUGACGAAAAGGCGGAAGACGAAAGAAAGCCGUCAAAAUCAAAAAGACGACGCAACAAGCGGCGUAGCCGAAGCCGCGAAAUGCAAACCAGCAACGACGAGAGGAUGGACACAUCUGACGCGGAAGCGUCAGACGCGUCAUCAGCAAACACGACGCGUCGCAGCACCCUAUCCGAAGAUGUAACUCUCCGGCCAGAUCGGCCACAAAACACCGCAGACCCGCCCCCACAUAGCGCCUAA